AUGAUGCAACAGCCCCGGCCCCAGUGUUUGUUGAAAUAUCAUGAGACCACGAGUUCCAAUCUAAAAGCAAUUUCAGCUCAUCCCACGUCCCUUCUCAUCAGCUACCCCCCAGCAAACUCCUGCAAAAUUGCUCUCUUUACAUAUCAUUCUUCCCAUUUUUAUGCCGAUUUCUCAGGUUUCCCGACUAUUACUGAAUCGGCCGCCCUGGCCACUCUCGACACAGCACUCAAAUAUCCAUUUAGGAGCUACAGAACUGUUGUUUCCCGACUAUUACUGAAUCGGCCGCCCUGGCCACUCCCGACACAGCACUCAAAUAUCCAUUUAGGAGUCUCUCGCGUCAAUCGCCUCCUGCCCAUUGCCGAGGCUCUCUUCUGGCACCUCGGCGUCCGUGCCCUGUUGCAGGCCAGCAUUGCUUUGUGCAUCGCCUGCCUGGUCUGCCCGGUCGUCUGCAUCCUCCUGACGGUGGCUGGACUAGUGCGUUGGCUUGUUCGCUCCGUCUGGGACUCCAUAAUCUUCCACUGCUUGCUGGCCCAUCGAACCCGAGUGCCCCGACGUGGAGGCAUCUGGGUUCGACACGUCGCAGGCCCUGGGACUGCGGAUAAUCACUUUUAUCAGGUGAACUAUCAGUUCUCCCUAUCUUUAUUCUCUUUGGGGUAUUUUCCUGUUACAACAUUUUCAUCAAGUUAA